UAAGUUUAGUUGAUUUUAGCUUUUCGUUGUGUUCACAAGUGUUUUCGGUGAGCAACACCGUUCGCAUUGACAUCGUGAGUCUGCGUGCGCGUUACAAAUAUACAUAUUCACCUAUGUACAUAUAAACAAACAAAAAAUUAAAUUAAUCGAUUUUUUGUUGUUACUAUUUAACAUAAUUUUCGAAAUUUCUGCAUGCGUGUGUGAUUAGUGCACGACGACGCGAUCGCUACAAAACAGAACGUGAAGGCGCUGCCUUGGCUGUUUAGCAUAUUGGUGGUACUAGCUCUACAGCAGAAGGAGACAGCAGUCCAAAGGCGAUUAUCUCCGCGUUAUUUCCCAUUUCAGUGUUAACACACGUCGCAACAAACAGAGAGCUUCAUAGCUCAGUGCGCGGCAAUGAGCUGAGUUAAUUAGUGGCUUACAUAUAAAAUUCAUACCUCAACACACACACACAAUUACCUAUAUAAAUUAACAGCUGAGAGGAGCAGCACACAAUUAUUAACCGGGUUUAAUGAGAACCUGACAAAACGCGCCGAUACGAGCACACAGUCGAGACACUAUGGAAGUGUAUGACGACAGGCCGGUGAGUGUCUACGACAAUUUGAAAACGACGCCGACCAGCAUACACACCAGCACACCGAAAUCACUGAAAAGAGGUAACACAGUGCCGUCACCAGCUGCAUCGCCAUUGACAGCACACAGAGCAGCAGUAGCACCAACAGCAGCAACAGCAACAACAACGGCAGCGAAUAGAGCAACUAGCUCACCUAUUUACGCCGAUAUUGCAUUCAAGUUUAAUGACAACAACCAACUGACAAAUCAGCAGUCACAACAAACGUUCGCACAAGAGAAGCAACAGCAACAAACGCUUCCGUGCUUGACUCAGCAAUACGCGCAACCACAGUUGGCGUCAAACUUCACUGACCAAGCACCAACAACAACAACAACAACAACAACACAACAUUUUCCGACGAACACAACGUUACCAACACAGAAUAAUCACAACAACACUAACAACUACCACACUAACAGCAAUCAACAGCGGCUAACACAGCCGAACACGUCGAUUACAUUGCCAGCUUCAGCUCCCGCACCGGCUCCAGCGCCAAUCAAAGCAAUUGCAACAGCAACAACGCCAGCAGCCAUGUCAACGACAGCAGCGUCGAUGGCGACGUCGGCAGCGACUAGGAAUGCAAGUCCGGCACAGAGACCGCUUAGUCAACAUUCGCAAUCGGAACUAUACGAAGCCAGUCAGAGUAUAGCUGCGGUGAAAGCCGCAUUAAAUGAUGCUAAAUCGAAAUUUUUCGGCUUAAACGGUUACGCUCAAGAUCAUCCACACAACAACACUAACGAAUCUCGGCCGAAGCAGCACAACGCGUCGCUGCCACGCCUACUCAUCGACAAUCAAUAUCCAAAAGUACAAAUCGUGACGACAGCGCCCACACCACCACCAAAGAGCCAACCGAAAUAUCAGAACAUACCGGAGAACAGCGCUAUAUUCCGCAAUAACGUAGAGCUGCCACCCGAGUUGCCGCCGAAGCCACCAGUGGAAGCUGUUGCGGUGCCGUCGAGAAUGAUCGCCACAACUCCGCCCACACAUACCGAUGGCGCCGUCUCCACAACACCCAACUCUGCUGCGUUCUCAACAAGCUCAAGGCAAUCGAAUUCACCGUCGCCAUCACCAUCGGCACCGUCGGACGCGGCCAAGGUAUCGUUGUCAUCCUCACAUGCCGCGUACAAGCAAAUACCGCUAAAUGAUAUUGACACUUCGCAGCCAUCACAAGCCGUCUACAUGUCCACCACCGUACCGCAGAAUAUAAAAGGUAGUAAAAUCGCCGGACGACAUACACCAACAAGAAAUAGUUUAAGGCACAGUCGCAUGCUAGUUGUAAAUAAUAAAACAUAUCCAGCCACUCAGCAUCCGAAUCCAAUGAGUUUUAAAUAUCCGAAUCUUGCCCGUUGGUUGCUUAUACUGGAGAUAAUAGUUGGUCUACUAAUAUCAUUCCUAGCAAUUUGGAUAUUCUGUUUGGCGCCCAAUACGGCCAUACAAUAUAAUCCAUAUUGGAGCGGUUUAAUGCUCCUUCUAGCCGGCAUUCUUGGACUUGUGCUUGUACGCUAUCAGCGUAUUAAACGUCACAAAGUACGCGAGAAUUGUUUCAAAUUUUUACGCGCCGACUCAUACUUGCUAGCGCUCUUGGCCAUCUUGCUGUGCGGCAUAGCCGUCUUCUGCGCCGCGCUACACUAUGCGCGUCUCUGCGCCAGCGAUACACACUGUGCAUCGACGAACAUUUUGCUGGAGCACGGAUCCUGCACGUGCACCUUCAAUGCUAACGAGGAUGAGUUGAUGGCGCCAACAAAUAGCAGUGCGGCACAAGUGGCGAAUGGGUUGUUGGACGAGGAAGUGGUGCCGGAGAAUUUCAACGAUCAAAGCUACAAAGUGGAGUAUCGUGAUCUGAGCUGCAAGGAGCUGCGCGGUGAAUGGAUUACCAUACUGAUUUUCUCGAUUGCGCUCAAUUCGUUUGGCUUGCUGCUCGCUUUCGCCUACACUGUGUUGUUGUUCUGUUGUCGUCACAGCGCUAAGCGUCCAUUCUACACGUCCGUCCAUACUAGUACCUUUUAGUGAAGGAGUUUUGAUAUUAUAGAAGUAUACAAAUAGGCACUCACACACGCACACACAAACACUCACACAUACCUGUAGUAUUUUUUUUUAAAUGUAGCGCUGCAAAUAUACAUAUUUACAAAUAUGUAAUUUAAAUAUUAAUUUUUAGAAAUCCGUUUUUAUAUAUGAACUCAUACUUAUUUAUAUAAGUAUGUUACACACAUACAAACAUAUGUCGUUGGCGCUUUGUACUUAAUUCGCUUUUAAAAAAUAAGUUUUUAACAUUUUAACUUUCAAUUUGUAAUUUUAAAUUAAAAAAAAUUUGCAUUAUUUAUAAAAAAAUACUUAUUUAUUUAAAAAUACGAUAUAUAUAUUUAUUAUUAUUGCAUUAAUGCACACGCAUACAAGUACAUUUAAAAUUUUAAAAAUACUUGAUUUUGAAAAAAAAAAUAUUUUUUUAGUAAUUUUUAAAAACAUUUAAUAUUCAUUAUGACUACAUUGACUUUUUAUAAAAAAAUAUUUUCAAUAUUAAAUACUUACAUACAGUUAUGUAAAUGCAAAUCAAUUGUAAAUUUUCGAAAACAGUUUUUUAAAUAUUUUUUACAAGCAACAUCUGGCAACUACAAGCUGUAACCAACCAACCAUUUUGAUAUUUGAAACUAAAAUAAAAAAAAAAAAUUACAAUGCACACAGACAAAAAUACAAAUACAAAAUGCAAUGAAAUAAUUAGUUUUAUUAAAAAAAAAAAUGCAAAUGGUUCAAAAAUGCUCAAUAAAACGUAAAUGAUCUGCAGUUACUAAAAGAUGGCGUUUACUUUGCACUUAAGCAUACUAAACUAUAAUUAAAUAUAUAAAAUACUUAAAUAACUUAAAA